UUGGGGAAAGAGAGUGUUGGCUUGUGACAGUGAGACAGAGGGAUAGUGAGUAGGGGAUUGUGAGACAGUGGUGCAAUAGCAGAUCUCUCUCUCUCUGUGUUGUGUGCAAUAAGCUGCUGGGAAUCCAAUAUGUCUGUGUGUGCUCUGACCCUGAUCUUGGGCUGCUUCCUGCUCUUUCUGGGGGACAUCUCCAAACCAGCAGAGGGGUGCACGUGUGCCCCCAGCCACCCACAGGAUGCCUUCUGCAACUCUGACAUAGUGAUCCGGGCCAAGGUGGUGGGUAAAAAGUUGAUGAAGGACGGGCCAUUCGGAACCAUGCGUUACACAGUUAAGCAGAUGAAGAUGUACCGGGGCUUCAACAAAAUGCCGCAAGUCCAGUACAUCUACACCGAGGCCUCGGAGAGCCUGUGUGGCGUGAAACUGGAAGUCAACAAGUAUCAGUAUCUGAUAACUGGACGUGUAUAUGAAGGGAAGGUGUACACCGGGCUGUGUAAUUUAAUCGAGAGGUGGGAGAAACUGACCUUCGCCCAAAGAAAGGGACUGAAUCACCGCUAUCCUCUUGGUUGCACCUGUAAGAUCAAGCCUUGCUACUACCUUCCCUGUUUCAUCACUUCCAAGAACGAGUGCCUCUGGACGGACAUGCUCUCCAACUUCGGCUACCCUGGCUACCAGUCUAAGAACUACGCCUGCAUCAAGCAGAAGGAAGGCUACUGCAGCUGGUACAGAGGAUGGGCACCUCCAGACAAAACCACAAUAAACACCACGGAUCCCUGAGCCUGACCUCUGCCCGGGCCCAGAAGCUGCAAUGGACAGUCGUUUCCUGAUCAGAUAAUAAAGGCAAAGAAAUUAUGGCUAAUUUCUUGCAAAACCUAGCACUUGGAACACUUAUCGUUUGCCAUCGUAUUGAAAAGCAUAUUUUUUAAUCACUUUUUUUUUUGUUUUUGUUUAAAAUCACCCAUUUCAGCCAGAUGUGAGCAAGAUUUUCUUGUCGGGUCGGGUUCAGUUCUGUAUUUUUUUUCCUUUCUCUUUAGAUAUUGAAAAAUGCUCAAAUAUUGGGCCUUGUCAAACUCUAUAUCAGCAGCCUUUUGUAUAUGUUGUUGAGAUUCCCUAAAGGGUACAGGGGGAAGGAGAAGACACAAACAGAGCAGUGGGGAGGUUUAUGUGGCUAUUGGAGUCUCUGGCGGUGAAUUUGUUCUACUCUGCUCAUUUCCUUGCAGUUCCAGUCCUCAGCCACAAGAGGUGCUGUUUGCUGUUAGUUAAGGGACCUCCUUUAGCAUAUAAAAGAGUAAAAAGUGAAUAA